AUGGCGGAGCCCGCGCAGAAGAAGGCCCGCACCACGCGCACCUUCCUGUUCUCCUCAGAGUCUGUGAACGAAGGCCACCCGGACAAGAUCUGCGACCAAGUCUCGGAUGCUGUCCUGGAUGCCUGCCUGAAGGUGGACCCCAAGAGCAAGGUGGCCUGCGAGACCGCGACCAAGGACAACAUGGUCAUGGUGGCUGGGGAGAUUACCACCGGAGCCAAGCUCGACUACGACAAGGUGGUGCGCGGAGUUGUGGCGCAGAUCGGCUUCGACAGCUUUGUGGACGACCUGUCCAGCGUGGACAGCAAGGGUUUGAGCCACAAGACCUGCGAGGUCCUGGUGCGCAUCAACAAGCAGAGCCCGGACAUUGCCGGGGGAGUGCACGUGGGCAAGGAUGAGAUGGAUGUGGGCGCCGGAGAUCAGGGCAUCAUGUUCGGCUAUGCCAGCGACGAGACGUCCGAUUGCAUGCCCCUGACCCACUCCAUGGCCACUCGCCUCGGCAAGACCUUGACCGACGUGCGCAAGAGCGGCGAGUGCUGGUGGCUGCGACCUGACGGCAAGACGCAGGUGACCAUCGAGUACAUGCAGCACCCAGAUGGCUCUGUGGAGCCGAAGAAGAUCCACACCGUUGUCAUCUCCACGCAGCAUGCAGAGCCGUCCAAGGCCAAGCGUACACAGGAGUGUGCUGGCUACAGUGGUGCGGAGAUGGUCGCACCCAGCAUGGAGCAGAUGAACAAGGAGAUCGAGGAGAAGGUCAUCAAGCGAACGCUUCAGUCCAUCAAGUUGAAGAACGGCCAGCCCGCCAUCAGCCUUUAUGGCAGCCACACGCACCUGCACAUCAAUCCGUCGGGCAAGUUCAUCAUCGGUGGUCCUCAGGGCGAUGCGGGCCUUACUGGCCGCAAGAUCAUCAUUGACACCUACGGAGGCUGGGGAGCCCACGGCGGCGGUGCUUUCUCUGGCAAGGACCCCACCAAGGUGGACCGAUCAGCCGCCUAUAUCUGCCGGCAGAUGGCCAAAUCCGUGGUCAGCAGCGGCCUGAGCGCGCGCUGCCUGGUGCAGCUGUCGUACGCCAUCGGCGUGGCCAAGCCCCUGUCCCUGUUCGUGGAGACCUACGGCAGCGAGAAGGGCGACCUGACUGUGGACGACAUCACGAAGGUGUUGAAGAUUGAGUUCGACUGCCGUCCGGGGGCCAUCGCGCAGUCCUUGGCCCUGCGUGAGCCAAAGUACCAGGAGACGGCUGCCUACUGCCACUUUGGCCGUGAGCCUGUCACCAAAGAUGGCAUCAAGUUCUUCGAGUGGGAGAACCCGAAGAACUUGGGCAAGUACAAGAGCAUGAGCACGGCUCAGGUGGAUGCCGCCUUGAAGAGCAGCACGUACCUCACAAAGUGGGUGGACUAA